GAGUAUUUCCGGUUGCGGCCGAUAAAAGGCCGUUGGCUCCGUUGCGGCGCCUCGCGCGCGCGCGCGCGCCCUGGAGCCGGGGCGGAAGUGCGGGUGGGCAGACGUCAGUUCCGGAGAGUGACGGAGCGGCGGGUCAGAGGCGGCAACAAAAUGGCGGCGCCUGAGGAGCGGGAGCUGACGGCGGAGCAGACCGAGAAGCUGCUGCAGUUCCAGGACUUGACUGGCAUAGAGUCCAUGGACCAAUGUCGUCACACACUGGAGCAGCACAACUGGAACAUAGAGGCAGCUGUACAGGACCGACUGAAUGAGCAAGAGGGUGUCCCAAGUGUCUUUAAUCCUCCCCCAUCGCGGCCAUUGCAGGUCAAUACAGCUGACCACAGGAUCUACAGCUACGUUGUCUCAAGGCCACAGCCAAGGGGCCUAUUAGGAUGGGGUUACUACUUCAUAAUGCUUCCAUUCCGGUUUACCUAUUACACAUUACUUGAUAUAUUUAGGUUUGCUCUGCGUUUUAUACGCCCUGAUCCUCGUAGUCGGGUCACUGACCCAGUGGGCGACAUUAUUUCGUUUAUUCAUAUGUUUGAGGAAAAAUAUGGGAGGAUACACCCUGUCUUCUACCAGGGAACUUACAGCCAGGCACUGAAUGAUGCCAAGCGGGAGCUGCGCUUCCUGUUGGUUUAUCUUCAUGGAGAUGACCACCAAGACACAGAUGAAUUCUGCCGCAAUACACUGUGCGUACCUGAGGUGAUCACCCUCAUAAAUACUAGAAUGCUCUUCUGGGCUUGCUCAACCAAUAAACCAGAGGGAUACAGAGUCUCCCAGGCUCUGCGAGAGAACACGUACCCAUUCCUGGCUGUGAUUAUGCUGAAGGAUCGCAGAAUGACAGUAGUUGGGCGGCUAGAAGGCCUUAUCCAGGCUGAUGACCUCAUUAAUCAACUGAUGUUCAUCAUGGAUGCCAACCAGACGUACCUGGUGUCCGAACGCCUGGAAAGGGAAGAGAGGAACCAAACCCAAGUUCUGAGGCAGCAGCAGGAUGAGGCAUAUCUGGCAUCCUUGCGUGCGGACCAGGAAAAGGAGCGCAAGAAGAAGGAGGAACGGGAGAGGAAGAAGAAGAAGGAGGAGGAAGUGCAGCAGCAAAAGCUAGCGGAGGAGAGACGGCGACAGACGCUGCAGGAGGAGAAGGAGCGGAAGUCUGAAUGCCUUCCUCCUGAACCACAUCCUGAUGACCCAGAGAGCGUUAAGAUCAUUUUCAAGCUGCCUAAUGAUUCCAGAGUGGAGCGGCGAUUCCACUUCACACAGUCAUUGACGGUGAUCCAUGACUUCUUGUUCUCCUUGAAAGAAAGCCCUGAAAAGUUCCAGAUUGAGGCCAACUUCCCUCGCCGUGUCCUGCCCUGCCUCCCUACAGAGGAGUGGCCCAACCCACCCACGCUGCAGGAGGCCGGACUCAGCCACACGGAAGUCCUCUUUGUGCAGGACCUCACGGACGAUUGACACUUUUCCAGAAGACACAAAAUGGAAAGAGAAAUUCAUAUUAUUAUUAUAAUACAAUAUUUUUUUUAAAAGACUGCAUACAAACGAGGGAUCAGAGACCACAUCGCCUGUGCCAGCUGUGCUGUGUGUGUGCACUGGCAAGAGGAAGUGUGUGCACGUCCUCACACACCUGUGUACACAGCCAUCCCCUACACUUGGAGGGCAGAGAGGGAGGGGAGCUGGUGUUGCCCCUCCGCCCUCCCUGGGGAGGAACAGGAAUGGCAGCUCUUGGUCAUUAUUGCUUUUAUGGAUGACAAUAAUAAUAAAACCCCAACAACCUGACAUCUUGUGAAGAUUUGAUACUCUGCUGUUCCUGACAGCCAGAAGACCGGGCACCUGAAUGUGCUGGGAGUGGGGUGGGAGGGAAGGGCUGGACAGAAUCUCUUCAGCUUCCCUCUGUGUAUAAAUAUCUUUCUUUUAAUAUUUCUCUUGCUUUGUAAUGACCAAAGGAGAAUGGGGUUGACUAUAGUAUUAACUUUUUGAUAAAGAGCUGGUUCGAUUCUUACCCGUGUGGGGUCUUGCCCAGGGUUCUUAGCCUGCGUAGUGUAAUAAACUCUGCCUCUAGCA